GUCAUGGCAUCUUCCAAGAGUAGUCUUGCAUUGUUCACCCUGGCCAUGGCCAUGGCCGUGGUAGCCAAUGUCUCGUCGCAGAACACCCCGCAGGACUACAUCAACCUGCACAAUCGCGCCCGUGCAGCGGACGGCGUCGGCCCUGUGGUGUGGAACAACAACGUGGCCAAGUUCGCACAGGACUACGCGGCGGAGCGCCGCGCCGACUGCCGGCUGGUGCACUCCGGUGGGCGGUUCGGGGAGAACAUCUACUGGGGGUCCUCGCAGCGGAUGACCGCAGCCAACGCGGUGAACAGUUGGGUAUCUGAGAAGCAGAACUACCAUCGCGGCAGCAAUACCUGCGACACGGGCAAGGUUUGCGGGCACUACACACAGGUGGUGUGGCGCAGGUCGACCCGCAUCGGUUGCGCCCGCGUGAUCUGUGAUAGGAACCGGGGCGUCUUCAUCAUCUGCAGCUACGAUCCCCCGGGCAACGUCCGAGGCCGGGGCCCUUUCCUCGCCAAGUAG